CAUGGAUUUGUAUGAUGAAAUGUAUGAAAUUAAAAACGGUCGAGAAAUUGACGAUAGUCCUCCGCCGGAUUUGGACGUUUCAAGUUCGUUGAAGUUUGUGCACGAAAAACAUCCAAGUGAAGAACAAAUUUCGGAAAAGGACGAAAUUGUUAGCAAGAUUGAUGCGGAUGUUCCGAAACCAUCAAAGGUGAAAGACAUCUAUAUCAAAAGAGAUAGUUUGCAAAAACACGAUUCACUGACGGACAGCAGUGGCAGCGUUUCUGAGGAUGAAAAGGAAAUUUCGAAAAGCUUGGUAGAAGAGAAAGAAUUCAAUCCCAAGUUCUAUGAGAAUAUCGAGGCACCGAAUGAGCUGAAGGAUAUGUUUCAGUACAUAACUCGAUUUUCUCCACAACGAAUCAACAUCGACUACAAGUUGAAGAUAUUCGUACCGGACUUUAUUCCAUCCGUCGGCGAUAUCGAUGCGUUUCUGAAAAUCUGUUCACCCCCCUUGCUGAGUGAGGAAAAGAAAGCGGUUUUAAGCGAGCAUAUCAAGAGACUCGGGUUGGAGACAUUGGAUGAACCGUGUGGGGAGCAAAGUGAUCGUGUGUUGCUGCAGAUGAAAAUGCGAUCAAUUUUCACCAAACCUCUGGAAACACCGUCGGCCAUCGCAAAGAACCAGAGAGACAUUGACCGCUGGAUUACGGAGAUACAGCAGCUGAAGACGAAUCAAGCCACCCAGAACAUUAAUGCCCUGAAAUCAACGGUCAAUAUUGACAAUCUCAUGUCUGAGUGGCCCGAGGAGGUCGAACGUAUGUUGGACACGGUUGGAUUUCCUUCAGCGGAUUUGGACUGUUCUUUGACACAGUAUAUUGAAAUAAUAUGCAAUGUGUUUGAUAUCCCUGUGCAGCAAGGCAGUGACCAGGCAGGCUAUAUUCAGGCGCUCUAUCAUUUGUUCAAUCUCUACUUAGCCGUUAAGCAGCAAAGUAACCCUUGA